GUGAUGGGAGGAGUGUCAAGAAAGGCCAAUUUCUUGUGACACACUUGAGCGCAUCGGCUGCCGCACGGGAGCCACCAGAAUGACUGAUCUAAGCUCGGCGUCCUACGCCAUCGACUUUGGCUCGGCGUACGACGAACUCAACUUCACCUACAAUGACACCGACUUCGUCCUCGACCCCGAGACGCAACCCUGCAGCCCCUUCACCAUCCCGGAGGCCGCCGGCGUCUUUAUCAGCGUCUUUUACGUCGUCGUCUUCCUUUUGGCCAUUCCCGGGAAUCUGGUGGUGGGCCUGGUGAUCGGUCUGAGCAAGCAGGCGCUCCCGCCUUCGGACCUGUACCUCCUGCACCUGGCCGCGGCCGACGUGCUGCUGGCCGUCACGCUCCCGUUCUGGGCCACCUCCGUCACCAAGGGUUGGGUGUUCGGAGACCAACUGUGCAAAGUGGUCACCAUCGUCCAAGAGCUCAGCUUCUACUCCAGCAUCCUCUUCCUGACGUGCAUCAGCAUGGACCGCUACAUGGUCAUCGUCCGAGCCAUGGAGGCCCGCCGGUCCGACCGGCGGCUGCUCAGCUGGGGAAUCUGCGCCGCGGUCUGGACCGUGGGAGCCCUCCUGUCCCUGCCGGGACUCCUGUACUCGUCGUUCUCGUCCUCCGGCCACUUGGUGUGCGCCGAGUACUACGACCCGCGCAGCGCCGACGAGUGGCGCCUGGCCACCAGGGUCCUCCGCCACUCUCUCGGUUUCAUCGUCCCGCUGGCCGUCAUGCUGCCCUGCUACGGCGUCACCAUCCAGCGCCUCCUUCGCAUCCGCGGCGGGUUCCGGAGGCAGCGGGCCAUGCGGGUGAUCGCGUUCGUGGUGGCGGCCUUCCUGCUGUGCUGGACGCCGUAUCACUUGGCCGUGAUGACGGACACCUUCUUCCGCGCCAAGAUCGUGCGGUACGGCUGCCCCGCCCGCUUGGCGGUGGAUCGGGCCAUGCUGGCCACGCACAGCCUGGGCCUGCUGCACAGCUGCGUCAACCCGGUGCUCUACGCUUUUGUGGGAGAGAAGUUCAGGAGGAGGUUGCAGCAGCUGAUGAGGAAGGCGGGCGUCCUGGAGAAAGCCUCGGUGUCCAGGACCAGCAGGUCUUCGCUCUCGUCCGAGAUCACGUCCGCGUUCAUGUAAAGAACUCCGAAGGGACACUUGCGGAAAUCAACAAACUUGUAAAUAUUCUACGAUUGCAAUUUC